CAGAAAGAACGUUCCAGACCCUCCGGCCACUCUAUAUAAUUACUGCUCUCCAUCUCGGUCACCGCCAUUGUAAAUUUUCAAAUCAUCUCUCCGUUUCUGUUUCCGUAGCGUUGAAUUCCUACGACGAUGCCGAGCCGAAACCCCGGAGCGAUGACGCAGGACUGGGAGCCGGUGGUGCUGCACAAGUCAAGGCCUAAGUCGCAGGACCUGCGGGAUCCGAAGGCAGUGAACCGGGCUCUGAGGUCCGGCGGACAGGUUCAGACGGUGAAGAAGUUCGACGCUGGAUCGAACAAGAAGUCGCCGGCGACGGCGGUGAACGCGCGGAAGCUGGACGAGGCGGCGGAGCCGGCGGCCCUAGACAAGGUGUCGGGGGACGUGAGGCAGGCGAUCCAGAAGGCGAGGAUGGAGAAGAAAAUGAGCCAGGCAGAGCUGGCGAAGCAGAUCAACGAGCCGCCUCGGGUGGUGCAGGAGUACGAGAACGGCAAGGCCGUGCCAAACCAGGCCGUGUUGGCCAAGAUGGAGAAGGUCCUCGGUGUCAAGCUUAGAGGGAAACACAAGUGAUUCUUUGCGUAUGAACGAUCGAAACGUAUGGAUCGUGUAGUUUGUGUAAAGUUCUUAAGGUGGCCCGUAUGUUUUGUCAUUAUUAUGGAUGUGGGUUGCAAGGGAAUUAUUUACAUUUUUUUAGCCCAUAUCAUGUUCUCAUGAUUAUGUUUUCAUAAUCACUUAUUAAUUGAGUUGUAAGUGGUAAACAUAUGUAUAUUCUUGAUGAAAAAAUGUAAUAUAAAUUUA